AUGUUUGAGGAACCAACCAACCUGCUCAACAUAAUUGGUUCCUCUUUUCCUUUUAUCACUCAGGUACUGGCCCUCUCCUGUCGAGGUCGCAUCGGCUUCUUUGCUGGUGACCUAACCCAGUUGCAGCAGGACGCCUUCAUGUUGCAGCCCACCCUCUUCAUUGCCGUUCCGCGGGUUUUGGCGCGCAUCAAACAGAAGGUCUACCGUCAGGUAUCCGGCUCGAAGUUUAAGCUGAGUCUCCUCAACACGGCCAUUAAUCGGAAAUUGAAACAAGUAGACAGGCGUAUUUAUCAGCACAAUACAAUCUGGGACCAGUUGGUGUUCUCGAAGAUACGAAAAGGUUUUGGAAGCCGCAUACGUAUUGUGGUUACUGCCGGUGCACCCAUUUCUGCCGACCUUUUGCAGUUUACACGUGCCGCCUUCUGCUGUCCGGUAAGAACUCAAAAAAUAUAUAUAUAUAAUAAUUAUAAUAUAUUAUAA